AUUUGAAUCAAACAGCAAACCACAACACAGCAUCAUGGAUGAGUUCAAACUUCGAAGUAUCGACCUGCAACAGGUGCAAAACCAGAUCCGGCACAAGACCGACGGUCUGAGUUCCAGCACUCUGGUUCUGCGGAGAGGACAGGCCUUUACAGUGACAAUCAACUAUGAUGGACGACCAUUCGAUCCACUGAAGGAAAAACUGAUCUUCCGAAUUGUUCUAGGUCCGCUGUCUGUGGAGGUCCCGGUCUCCAGGCUCGGACAUUCCUCUCUGACUCAAUGGAGCGCUGUUCUGGAGAGGAGCAUCCCGGACCCGACUGGACCCCAUGGUCUAUGGGUAUCACUGUCCAGCCCUGCGUCUGCUUCUGUCGGUGUCUACACACUUCAGAUGAGAGUCGAGACCCGUUUGACUGUGAGAACACAUCUGCUUGGCCAGUUCACGCUCCUCUGCAACCCCUGGUGCCCAGCUGAUUCAGUGUUCCUGCAGUCAGAGGAUCUGAGGACUGAAUAUGUCAGGAGUGAUAUCGGCCUGCUGUUUAAAGGCAGCCUCGGGAACAUCGUCUCCAGACCCUGGUCGUUUGAUCAGAAUGAUGAUAAAGGAGUGUUAAUGGGAAACUGGUCAAAUGACUACAGCGGUGGUGUCAGCCCUUCAAAGUGGUCCGGCAGCGCAGAUAUUCUCAGGAAGUGGGCAGAAACACAAUUCAAUCCUGUGAAAUACGGACAGUGCUGGGUGUUUGCUGCUGUCAUGUGUACAGUAAUGAGAGCCCUUGGCAUUCCGACUCGAGUCGUCACCAACUUCAACUCCGCUCACGACACAAACAGAAAUAUAGUGAUUGAGGAAUAUUACAGUGAGAUGGGGGAAAAAUUGCCCAUCGGCAGGGAUAGCAUCUGGAACUUCCACGUGUGGGUGGAGAGUUGGAUGAAGAGGCCUGAUCUGGGUCGAGGUUAUGACGGAUGGCAGGUUCUCGACCCCACGCCACAAGAGAAGAGCGCAGAAAUGUUCCGCUGUGGCCCUGCUGCUGUUAAAGCCAUUUAUCAUCAGAAGGUGGAUGCACAAUAUGAUGUGCCGUUCAUUUACGCAGCAGUGAAUGCGAAUGUGCAUACAGUAAUCGUCAGAGAUGGGAAAGUGUUAACAACCAGCAUUGAUAAAAACAGAGUUGGAGCUCUGAUCUGCACCAAACAUCCAGGAUCCAUGCGUAUGCAGGACAUCACGUCUGAAUACAAAACUGAGAUGGAUGACAGCACAGUUCGUGCACUGAGCACUGAUGCUCGCAGAGGUGAAGGUGCUACAGGAAGAGUGGCACCUCAGGGCCUUGCAGUUUCUCUCCAGCUUCUGAAAGCCCCUGUAGUUGGCGAAAACAUUUCUUUCAACGUCACAAUCACUAACAAAGUCGUUGUUCCGAAACUUCUGAGAAAACAUGUGAACGCUCAGAACAAGGAGUACAACCGCAAUCCCACUGGAACUUUCUGGGAGGCUCAUGAUGACGUGAAGAUCGGCCCAAAAGAAACUGUGACUAUAAAACAUGAGAUCUCCUUCAACGACUACAUGCUGACGGAGGCUGCGGAGGAUUCUCUGGUUAACCUGGCUGUGGUUAUUGAGGAUGUGAAGUCUCAGGAGAGAGUGCUGGCUUCAGAGGAGUUCAACAUCCGCAGCCCUUCCCUCAAUAUACAGGUUCAGAAUGAGUAUGUGGUCAUCAACACGCAGCAAGUGGCCACAGUGACCUUCACCAACCCGUUCAGCAUUGCAGUGAGCGGUGAACUGACUGUAGCCUGUUCAGGACUUCAGGAGAAAGUUCAAACAAGGCUUACAAUCCAGCCUCGAGAAACCAUGAGGAUGCCCAUUAAUUUCACACCCAGGAUGGCGGGUGCCAAGAUGCUUUACGCUAGCUUAGUGUUGAUGAAUCCUCCCACCGUCCUGCACGGAUUCAAGACCAUCAAUGUUCAAGCAUCUUAGAGUCAAACACCUUUAGAAAGAAUUGUGAACCCUCAGCAUGAAGUACUAUUUAAUGCUCUUCUAAUACAUCGUCAGUCUUUUUCUAAAAUACGUAUAAUGUGUCCAACACUUUUCAACAAGUCAGUAUUAGAAAUGUUUUCCUCCAGUAAGUUUGCACUCACUGAAGCUGAGGGUCUCUGAUGUGAACGAGUCUGCCCUCUGCUGGGAAAUGCAUGUGAACAGAUCGCAAACAAGUGUAACACAUGGACAUGUUAAGAAAAAAUACUUUAUUUUCUGGCUAAAUAAUCUUGAAUAUACAGUUCAGAGUGAAUCAAGUCAAAAAAUAUUUUUACAGUGAUAUAUAUACAGUGUUAAAAAAAAACAGAAAGCAAUAACGGUGUUUCAGAGGCUAGUUUAGUAAAAAAGACCACUUGAGUGCUUCUGCAACUUUGGACACUUUUUUUUGUCCCAGGGGUUAGUAACUUUUUUUACUUUUAUUUAUUUAUUUAGUUAGUUAGUUAGUGACAUUCAAAUUAAAACUGUCCUGGAAACCUUUUACAGUGCCCCAUUGUCUUAGUGUUAAAAUAUGAACCAAAACUAAAAACAAAAACAAAAAAUUUUGAUCUCAUUUUACAGUAAAUCUUAAAACACUCUCACAUUCUUAAUCUAUAUGAGAAAUAGUAACAGUGAUGGUAAUACCACAAACUAAGGCAAAUACACGGCAAAAA